CAAAUGGAACCCGCCGUCGUCACUAAGCAAAGCAAAGCAAAGCAAAGAGCGCACAGAUCCAGGCUCAGCUACAGCAAAGGAAAGCUGACCCCCUUCAUUUCAAUUUUCAAGAAACGGGGGCAGAAGACACCGUCGCCGCUCCCUCACUAGAACUCGAAAAGAUGCGAACUUUCCCCCUUCCGGACGCCGGCGACCUCCGUCCCUCGCGACCCUGAUGCCAAAACCGGCAGACAUUGGCGCCCCCUUGGUCUCCUUCUUGAAUCGCGGCAGUUGUUGAGGAAUCAAGAAACCCCGGGGGGGAUCUCCUCCUGGGCCCGCCAUGUCGGUCUCCUGCGGCGUGGAGUGCGUGGUGAUCCUGGGCUUCUCCCGGUGGCUGUGGAAGCGCUGCACCUACGUCGGCUCCGACGACAGCGCCACGUGGCCCCCCGCCACCCCCGACGAGUUCGAGCCCGUCCCCCGCGUCUGCCGCCUCAUCCUCGCCGUCUACGAGCCCGAUCUCCGCCACCCCAAGUACCUCCCCGCCGGCGGCUACCGCCUCGACCCGGACUGGGUCGUCAAGCGCGUCACCUACGAGCAGACCCUCGGCCACGCCCCGCCCUACAUCAUCUACGUCGACCAUGACCACCGCGAGAUUGUCGUCGCGAUCCGCGGCCUCAACCUCGCCAAGGAGAGCGACUACGAGCUCCUGCUGGACAAUCGGCUCGGCCAGCAGAUGUUUGACGGGGGUUACGUCCACCGAGGGCUGUUGAAGUCGGCGAUUUGGCUGUUAAAUGAGGAAUCGGAGACGUUGAAGAGGCUGUGGGUCGAGAACGGGUCGAAUUACGACCUUGUUUUUGCGGGCCACUCGCUCGGGUCCGGCGUGGCUUCGAUCUUGGCGGUGAUCGUGGUGAACCAUGGGGAUCAGCUGGGCGGAGUUCCGCGGAGUAAAGUGCGGUGUUACGCGGUGGCUCCGGCGAGGUGUAUGUCGCUUAAUCUGGCGGUGAAGUAUGCUGACGUGAUUCACUCCAUAAUCUUGCAGGAUGAUUUUUUACCACGAACUCCUACCCCCCUGGAGGAUAUUUUCAAGUCAAUUUUCUGCUUGCCAUGCUUACUGUUUGCGGUCUGCCUGAGGGACACCUUUAUACCUGAGGGUAGGAAGCUCAGUGACCCAAGGAGACUUUAUGCACCUGGAAGAAUGUAUCAUAUUGUUGAAAGAAAAUUUUGCAGAUGUGGGAGGUAUCCUCCAGAAGUAAGAACUGCUAUUCCGGUUGAUGGGAGAUUCGAGCAUAUCGUCUUAUCUUGUAACGCCACAUCUGAUCAUGGAAUUAUCUGGAUAGAAAGAGAAGCAGAAAAGGCUUUGCAAAUAAUGAGGGAAAGCAAUGCUGAGACUGUAAAAACUGCUCCAAACAUACAAAAGAUGGAGAGGUUGAGGUCAAUAGAGAUGGAGCACAAAGAUGCACUGGAAAGGGCAGUGAGCUUAAACAUUCCCCAUGCUGUGACCUCUCAAGAUGAGGAAAAUCCGGAUUCAAAUCGUCAAGAUGAAGAAUCACGGCCUUCACAGGAAGAAAAGUCUGCUGAUGUUGUCCUGAAUGACAAAGCCAGGCCUCGCAAUCCAAAGACCAAAUGGGACGAAGUCGUCAAAAAGCUCAUGAAGAGAAAUGAAUCAGGGAAGCAACGUCUUAAUAGAGAAACAAAUGACCCAACAUAACGCAUUCCUCUUCUCCGGACUUUGUUUUCCAGGGCGUGUUCUUCACUGGAUCUAUCCGUUUUAUUUCUAUGGUGCAUAUUUACUCAUUCUGCCAGGAAAAGGAUUCUGCAGAAUCCCGGCGCAGCUUGUGACCCUACAUUUUCGCUGAUUCUUUUACGGCUAUCCAGCCUCUUGUCAUUAUAUUACUGCUUUUUGGUUGCGUUUUUCUCACUGUAUAGCAUUCUAUAGAGAGUGAAUCCUCUGUGACGGAUAAGGUGAACUCGUUUACCAUAUUUUAGAUGGUUGUAAUAUCUUAGAGGAGUGGUGAUGGAGGAAUGGUGCCUGGUUCAUCAUUAAAACUCAUCUUCACGUAUGAUGUGUUUUGUUUAGUUACUUAAAGGGUGAGCUCCUAUGAUUCAUUUUGGUCAUCACUAUUCACUUUUCACAUCA